CAUCCCUCAUCACGGUGACGUCACGGAGCUUCAUUCCGUCAAGAUGUUCGGUUUCGCUAAUGAGCGCAGAUCAGCGUGAUUACGGCUACGAGAAAGCGACAAAACCAACGAAAUCCGAGAUCAGCGACAUCAGCACUGACCAUGGAGUUAAAGAAAGCCAUUUCCGAAAGCGAAGGGACGAUGAAAACAUACGGAGCGCUGCAAGAGACAAACCGGAGCAGAGACAAAGGCCAGAUGGACGUGUCCAUGGCUGAACGCUCCAUGUCUGCAGACGAGAUCGAGGCGGAAAUGGCUCGGAUUCAGCGCCUGCGGGAGGUGCUGGUGAGACGCGAGUCUGAACUGCGCUUCAUGAUGGAUGAUAUUCAGCUCUGCAAAGACAUAAUGAAGCUGAAGCAGGAGCUGAGGAAGAUAGUGGCAGUGCCAGACGCAGAGAAGACUAAGAAACAUCGUCAGAGAGAAGAGAAAUUAAUCCAGGAGAUUCAUCAGCUGGUGCAGAAGAGAGAUUUCCUGGUGGAUGACGCCGAGGUCGAGCGUCUGAGGGAGCAGGAGGAAGAUAAAGAGAUGGCCGAGUUCCUCCGACAGAAGCUCAGCGUUAUACAGAGAGCUCCGAAGCCCAGAACGGCUGAACCUCCAGCCAACAAACCCUCCAUCAGCAGGAGCGGCGCGGCCCUCAUUAAGGACUGCUGCGGAGCCACUCAGUGCGUCAUCAUGUGAAGAUCGCUGAGAUUCCCCAAACGACGUGAAGCGAUUUGAUGAAUAUAAGUUUGUUGACCGGAGCAUUAGAAAGACGUUCAGCCCCUCUGUGAUUCUGCAGCAUGUCGACGACUCCGUCGGGAGGAGCGGAGGAGCACGAGGAGCACGAAACACAAAA